AUGACUAUCACAAAUCGACAGCUCAUCUAUGUGAAUGCGCCCACUGCGGCCAUCGACCCGUCUCUCACGGGCGGUACCUUUCAGCUCAACAGCACCACUCUGUCCGAGGAUGUGCCUGCUGACAAGGUGCUUGUCCGGAUUCACUAUCUGGCGCUGGAGCCCGCCAUGCGGCAGUGGCUGACGGCCAAACGGUCCUACAUUGCGCCCGUCGAGCGCGGCAGUGUCAUGCGGGGGCAGAGCAUCGCCCAGGUCGUGAGCGUCGGCAGUAGUCUGACCUCGCAAUACCAGGUGGGCGACUGGGUGGUGGCCUCCUCGGGCUGGCAGGAGUAUGCCGUCUUGGGACCUAAGGAGGCCCAGAAGAUCUCGGUGCCCCCCGGCUGCAAGCCCACGGACGCCAUGUCCGUGCUGGGCAUGACAGGAUUGACGGCCUACUUUGGCAUGAUGGAGGUGGGUCAGCCGAAGCCGGGCGAUACCGUGGUGGUCUCGGGGGCCGCGGGUGCGACGGGCAUGGUAGCCGGACAGAUUGCGAAGAUCCAGGGAGCAAAGCGGGUGAUUGGCAUUGCCGGCAGUGCCGACAAGUGCGAGUUUCUGCGGAAGGAACUGGGCUUUGACGUGGCCAUCAACUACAAGGAUAAGGAUUGGAUGAAGCAGCUGAAGGAGGCGACGCCGGAAUAUAUUGAUGUGUUUUUCGACAAUGUGGGAGGCGAGAUUCUGGAUGCGUGCUUGGGCCGGGCUGCGCAGUUUGCUCGCUUUGUGAUCUGUGGUGCCAUCAGCCAGUACAAUGUGGCGAAGCCGCGAGGGCCAUCCAACAUUAUGCAGGUUAUUUCGCAACGGGUCAAGAUGCAGGGAUAUAUCGUGUUCGACUAUGCUAAGCAGUAUCCAGAGGCGUUGCAGCAGCUGGGGACGUGGUUGACGCAGGGAAAGUUGCAGCGCAAGGAGCAUAUCGUCCGGGGGGGAUUAGAGUCGGCGCCGCAGAGUCUGGUGAAUUUGUACCAGGGGGUGAAUACGGGAAAGAUGAUGGUUGAGGUUGUGCCAUUGGAGAUGAAGGCUAGACUGUAG